UUAAAUUAAAAUUAAAUACAAAAUAAAGUGGAAAACAAAAGAAGCAAAAAAAAAACAAAAAACAAAAAAAAAACCAAACAAAAACAAAUAAAUUCCCAAGGCGUUUCAAUGUGGGGACGGCCAAAGGAGCGCAUGCUUACAACUCGAACAAUUCAUUCAUUCACACUCACAGCAUAUUCAUAUUCACACUCACAAAUCAAUCACAAGCAACUCUCUCUCAUGGUGAUGGCAGCAUUUUAAAUUCUUCGUAGCUUAAGAAGGUUUUUUCACACCAACCAGCACAAACUUGAGCUAAGAUGGAACGACGUGGACGCAUUCCGGUGGCCAAGUUUCGCACCCAAGAAGCGAAGACACGCAGUCGGAGUCGAGUGCGUGAACCAGAUUACAAUGAGCAGGAUCCAGAGCAUGAUAUGUUCACCCUGCUCGAGGACAACAUUGCUCUAAAGGAGGAGAACAAGGCGCUCAAGCUGGAGAUUGAAUCGCACAAAACCACGCAAGAGGAGCAGCAGGCGCAGCACGAGAAGCUUUGCAGUCAGCUGGAAUUGUUGCAGCAGCAACAACUCAAAUUCGAAUCAGAGAUGAAGGAGCUGACGAUCAAGUUCAACAAGACACUCAACGAACGCAAUGCGCUCGACAAGCUGCACAAAAUGAAGGCGGAUCAAAUACACAAUCUCACCAGCGAGCUGGAGCACAUGCGCGAGAAGCAACAGGAUAACUCAGCGGGCAACAACACGCUGCUUGGCUCUGUGGAGCUGCGUCGCAAUCUUCUCAAGAUUCUGCAGCAUGGCAGCGCUGACAGUGGCGAAGUGACACUUGGCGAUGAUCUGGACAGCCUGAUCGAUGUGGACAGCAGUCCAGGUGUGCAUAUUACCAAUGCCUUAGUCGAACGUCUUGUGGCAGAGUUUCUGGCUUUGAAGCAAGCCACGAAUGGCGUUGAUUUGCAGCUCUAUGAAGCCAACGAGAAGAUAGCUGAAUUAGUGGAGCAUCAACAUCUUGUUGAAGAGGAGAACGAAACGCUGCGCACAGAGAAUGGUAAUCUAACAAAGGUGGCCAAGCUGCUCACUGAGAACAUGAAGGAGAGCGUGGAGACCAGUCAGAAAAUGGAAGCCGCUUUGAUCAAGCUGAAGCAGCGCAACGAUGAGCUCACGGCCAAGGCCAAGGAUCUGCCCGAUGGACAGCCUCCGGGCAGUCAGCUAGCGACUCCUUCACCCACCACGCUGCAAACGGAGGCAGACUUCGAGGAGAUCAAGGAGCAGGUGCAACAACAGGCGCGAGAGCACAACGAACGCAUUGUGGAAAUGCAAAGUCUUAUGGAUGCGGCUAUUGCAAAAUCUACUAACGAUGAACUAAAACAAUUACAACUUAAGUUGGAGAUACUCGAGGAGCAGCUGCAGCAGGCGCUCGCCCGCGCCGAUCUCGCCGAGGAGCAAUUGGCGCGCUACCAGCAAGUGGAGAGCACAAUCAAAGCCCCCGCUCCUGCACCCCCGCCACCGCCGCCUCCUCCUCCGCCGCCACCAAUGCCCAACAAAGUGCUGUACGAAGCAAAGGCUGUGGCUGGAGAGGAUUGCGGUGCUGCUGGCAGCUUUAGCCAGCACAUUGCGGGGCAUAGUUUGCAUAGAGGCGGCGAUAAGAUUAUUGAUAACGUGAAGCAACAGGUACAAGCGGAGGCAGCAACAGGUCUUGACGCUAUAGUGCGAGAGUUCAAAUCGGGACGCGUUACGUUGCGUCGCAAUCGACGCAGGACGAACACGAGCGAGGCUCUCAAGGAGAUGUUCCAGGUGUUGGAGAUUAGCCAGAAGCAGAAUCGCAACUCCAAGAUAUGCGUUGAUCUAAACACAACGCUUUAGUCUACAAAAUGCGAUCUCUGCUCUUUGUCUCUUCUUCUACUUUUGGUCUCAAAUCUACAACGACAGCAUUCCAUGCAUUUCACAUCACUAUUUACACUUAAUUACACUAACUAGUAUAUGUAUUAUUUAUUUUUACGUUCCGCCGCCAUCCACGCCCCACUUUUAUAUAUUUCUACACUAUUUUUGUGCAUUUUGUGUGUGCCUUAGAAACUAAAAGAAAUUCUCUUUUGGUAUAAUAUUUACUACUGCUUCGAUGUUUACUAUGAAUAAUUAUUAAUGUGUUCAUUUACUAAUUUAUUAGGCUUCUUUCGCAAUCAAAUCCCAACGAAAGCAAAUGCAAUAAAAAUUAUAUAA